GGCUUAAUCACACAAUGCUUUGGUGUUAUUCUAUUGUUCCAGAUCAUUUAAGUGCAGUCGGUCAGUAAAAUCACGGACAAAGAAAGCGUUUGACCCUCGGAACAAAUACAUCGAAGCAAAACGAAGAAGACGGGGAUACUUUCAAUCAGUGUCUGUUGGUCUGGCAAACAGCGAAUUUCAAUAUGUUUAACUAUAAUUUUUGGCUUAUGGACGCCUUUACGAGCUGUCUAAUAUUUGUGAGUGCGCUGGCUGGCGAUAGAAGGCAAAAGUCAAAGAAGAUCGAGUCGAAAUUGGACGAGAACUCGGAUUACGAGGAUACGGACGAAAUUCGUACUUAUGCACGUAAGGAAAUUCGCAUGCAUUUGAGCCACUAUGUUCUUUUAAACUUCACAUAUUUCGCUUUAAUGGCGAUGCUGGUCGUCGCUUUAAGGCAUUACCCGACCUAUAUAGUUUAUAUCCAACAUAUGGCCGUAGUCGGCUUUAUAAUGAUAGCUUUUGACGGAUGGUUUAGACCGGCAGUUGCUUAUCCACUUGGAAUAAUGUUAUCCAUUCUGUGGUUCUUCUCUGGCCGAACUGCCUAUCGCUGGAUACUCAAUAAUAUCAUUAUAGUUGUAUUUACACUUAUGGUUGGCGAUAUACAGUUUAAAAACUUUGCUGUGCUGCAAAUUUUUAUGUGGUCAGCAUUUAUCUACGAUGUAUGUGUUCUGGCAGGCAGCACGAACUUGUCUCCAUCGCUUUUCAGCGUCGGGGUUGAAAAAUGCGACACUCUGAUUUGCCACUUAUUUCGAAUGCACGAUAAAUGGGAACUGCCUUCGGUUUUUACAAUGAAAUUUGGCAACGCGACUCAGGUCUUCCUUGGGACAGGCGAUAUUCUACUCGGAGCUUUGGUUGUGAACUUCUCCAAGAGUUUUUUCAAGUCCACGAAGUAUGUGGUAGCCGUCGUGCUGAGCUUUUCGUUCGCGUUGGGGUUGUUGAGUCAAAUCGACUCGAUGCCAUUUCCUGCAUUAGCAACCAUUGUGCCUGUUUGUUCAUCGGCUAUAAUACUGUGCGCUUUUAUCAGCGGCAAAACGAGACAAUUAUUUUCAAUAAAGAAAGACGCUGCUUCGGGAGAACAAAUAGGCUUACUCAUGGCCUGAUCAUGACCAACAAUCAAUAUGUACAUGUUUUAACUUUUUAUAUAUUAACAAAGACAUCCGGCCGAAGACCGCCGGCAGCGGCGCAUUCUGCCAUUAGCAAUAACAUUCCUUUUUAGCUUUUAUCUUAUGCCAAGACAUUUUAAUUUUUUAUAUGCAUGCAAUACGGACAAAAUUCUUGUAAUAGGGUUCAUUUUUAAGAAGAUUUUGCCUUCCGAGUUCAGGCUUCAUUCUUUUAAUUAAUGAAGCGCGCGCAAGCAUCCAUGUCUUGUAAUUAUUGGCUUCGACGGUUCGACUUCCUGCC